CAGCCAGCCUGUUAAAGUUCAAACUAAUUACACGGCAGCUAACUGUUUACGGUAACCGGGGAGAGGAGACCUGGCCCGGCGGCCGUUAGCCCACCGUUGGACAUGGAAAGACGACAUUCCUGACGAUAAAACGUCAGUGACGUAUUUCCGUCUAUGUCUGAAACUUCCGUUUUUCUUCACAGCGCAGCUCGGCGGAGUUUAGAGGAUGGAGUCCAGCAGCCCGCUUGGUGACUCUCUGUCUCCAGAGUCAACGGUGACCUCCCUGCUGUCAAGUUCAGGCCACCUUAGGAGCAGCCUACUGCCUCCUGAACCCAACACCACCUUUAUUUACAGAGACAAGAACUACGAUUCAGCCUCGGCGGCGCUGGACGCCUACAUCACAGACUUUGAUCGGAGCUGUCAGAAAUGCAGGUCAUCAGCUGGAUCUCUGGUUCUGCCACACAGCCAGCCGUCCACUCCAAGGAAACCCAGAGUGGGAACGCUCAGAAACAGAGAUGUCCUGAGGGAGCGUCUGACCGACAGGGAGCUGGACUUCCUGAACCUCCCUGUCAGCUCCCUUCAUCAUCGUUUGAACCGUGACAGAAUCUCCAUGACGACAGACGAGCUGCUGUCCAUCCCUUACGACGGCUCCAUGCCCGUCACCCACACUUCUGCCUUCAUACAAGGCCUCUUGUCCGGGUCAGGAGGUUCCCAACUGUUCCCAUCCUCCACUGCACCAGCACACAGCAGCAGUUAUGUAGACGGUGAACACUUUAACUUGGACCCAAAUCGCCUAAACCAGUUCCUGAACCAGAACUGUCUUCCUGUCAGGACUCCCAGAAGCUCCAGGUGUAGAGGAAAACCAAAGAUGGGCAGAUUUCACCCAUCGGUUGGCAUACCUUCAUCCACACACAGAGCUGCGGAUCUCCACCUCCCUCACUGGUUGACCAGUAACAAGGCCCACAUGGACUGUUCUGAGAUCAGCAGCCUGCCUGACCUGAGUUAUCCGGCCUGGAUUCAGUGCUGCGACGUUGGCGAACCGGAGCUGUGGGACGAGCCCGGCGCUCCAUCGCCUGGAGCUUCCAGAGUUGAAGCUCCAUGCUGGGUAUCCGACCUGGAGAAAGAUGAAGCUCUGAAGGAAGCACCUGCACAGAUUGAAGGUGAGCAGAACCUCAGAGAUCUGAGGCUGCAGCUGGCUGAGCAGAUUUCUGCUCUCGCUGCAGAAGGAGGAGGCUCCCACAGCCUGGCAGCUUUAUUCAGAGACAACAGGAUCCAGGCUCUGAUCCAGAAGGCCGAUCAGGUGCUGGACUCUCUGAGUUCUGGAGGAGCAGGGAGUUCUGCAGAUAAAGUGAGUCCUGUCAGCACCGAGGACCUGCUGCCCCCAUCGCCUCCUCCCUGUCCCUCCACCUCUCUAGACCCAGGAGCAGCAGAGCUGGAAGCUGAUCAGACCCACCAGGAUGUGGAGGUCCCAGGCUGUUGUUUCCAUGGAAACACCACCUGGAAGCAGCCUGGACCAGUGGAGGCCGUGAAGCAGAUGCUGUUCAGGCUUCAGGCUGUGGAGGCGGAGCUUCAGAGGCGGCGAAUAGAUACCGACUGUCCAGGGACGCCAGAGAAACAGGAAGCUGAGCCUGACGCAGAGCUGCAGAGUUUUCCAGGCAGUCCAUCACUACAGAGAGCUCUGCUUCACCUGAACCGUCUGAAACUGCUGGUGGAAGAACCGGGACAGAAAGGCAGACAGAAGGAUGAAGAGAAGGAGGAAGAUGAAGGACGUUACUCCUCUUUAUCCGCCGACAGACUCCUCAGUUCCCAGCAGGGACCCUGAGGGGUCCCUGAAUCAGGAAGAUUGUUCAUGUGAAUCCUGUUUGAGAUGCUGAGGUUUCUGAAACACAUCAAAAUUAUGAAGGAUGUUGGAAGCUGAACCUCUGACUGUCCUGCUUUAGUUCCAGGAAUGUGAAGAACACUCAGGCUGAGAAGAAAAAAGUCAUUUUAAAUGUUUCUGAAGUUUUAUAAUAAGAAAUCUUUUUCUCACAAGUCAACUUCAUGGACUUCCUGAUCUCCUCUGAUAGGACAGUUUUCCACAGUGUUACAUAAAGUAAAGUUUAUUCUAUUUUCA